AUGCCUGCUGCCACAGUAACGCUCAACCCACCCGGUGGCCCCACCCCUUUCGGUCCCGCCCCCGCCCAGACACCAAUGGUCGCCGCCCGCAGCUCCCGAAGGCAGCGAGCAACCGCGGUGGCGGCGGCGCGUUGUUGCAGUUGCGCCAUCUGUCAGGAGCGGAGCCGGCGGGGAGGGGGCUGCCGCGGGAGAGGAGGAGGGGUCGUCGUGACCAAAGGCCGCCGAGACCCGCCCGCCGGCCGGCCGCGAAAGCAGAAGCAGGCUGCCCUCGGAGCCGCGCGUCCUCCAACGUCCGGGCGCGCGGCGCUUCAGCCAGCGCACCGAGAGCUCUCUGGGCACACACAAAGCCGCCGCCCGCGCCGCACCGCCCGGCGGCCGCCGUCCGCGCCUGGGAGGGAUCCGGCCGCCGGGCCGGGGACACCCGGCGCCGCCCCCUCGGCGCUCUCGGAAGGCCCACCGGCUCCCGGGCCCGCCGAGGAACCCCCGGAACCGCCUCGGCCGCGCGGGAGGAGGGCGGGGAGAAGACCAUGUGAAUGGGCUCCGGAGCCUGAGCGCCGCGCAGACCUCAGCAGCAGGCAUAACAUUUGGCCUGUCUCUGUUUCCAUCAUUAAUUGGUCAGCACAUUGAGAGAAGGAACCUGGUCUUAUCCUGUUUCAGUAAAUGUGAGUUAGGUCUUUGGUAUGUGCCAGGCACUUGGAUUUAUUAAACUAACGUUAGCAGCUGUAACAAAUAGGCCUGCAGAAACGUAAUGGCUCAAAGGCAAUAGACAUUUAUUAUUCCUCAUGCAGUAGUCCACUUUUUAAAUGCCUUGGCCUGGAAAUGACACCUAUCACUUCCACUGACAUUCUGUACACAAGGGCUGGUUAGGUGGCCACAUUUAACUGCAGGGGAGCCUGGGAAAUGUAGGUUAGCCAUGUGACUAAGAAAAAAGAAGAAAUGUAUUUUGGGCCAGCAGCCUUGCCAUAUGUUGCCAUUCAACAAGGCACAGUCAUUGCCCUCAAGGAGUUUAUAGGCUGAUGAAAACUAAAUUAAUUGUAUGGAAACCUGGAGCAUAAACCCAUCAUUGCUUUUAUUCUUUUGAUUUCAUAAGUUCAGAUCUUUUUAUUUUAAACAUGUUUCAAAAAACUUUGCUUUUUGUUGGUUCAAGUAGUUCCCACUCAGUGAUUACUUGUAAUACAGUGAUCUCAUGCCUCCUGUGUUGACUUUGGUAUGGUUCUUUUACUCUAGUAGAACCUUUCUUGGCCUAGAUUUUUUUUGUUUGUUGAUUUUAUAGACUCCCAAAGUGGCUGGGAGGGUCCUUAGAAAUCACAGUCCUACCUUCUUAACUGAAAGAGGAAAUUAAGCAGAGUGCAGAGGAGAAACUUCUUGCCUGGGGCCAUGCUAAUGAGAAGGGAACCCUAGCCAGCCCAGCACUCAGUCCUGCCUGGGUCCCCUUCACCACACAGCUGUCCUGACUUGGUGAUUGUGAUAUCUGCGUAUUCCACGGAGACUAAGUUUCCAGACCUCCAGGAGCAGGGCAAACUGCUCGUGUUAUAGUCUCUGUUCUCCACAGGCCUCCAAACUAUUGGAGCAAUGCUGUCCAAACUAUUCAUCAUAGUUAAUAAUGCAUAUAUUUUUGCUACAAACGGUUCAUUAUAUUCCUCUGUUCUGGAAACAUUAGCCAAGUGUGUUCCUGUGUGCAAGGCACUAGGAGAUAGGGUCAUGAAAAUGAAUGCAUCUGCUGUCCUUUUCUUCAGGGGCUCACAGUCUGCCAGGGGAGAUAAAAGUAAAUAAAUAAUAGCUAAUUUUUAUCGAGCAUUUAUUAUCUGUCAAGCGCUGUUGAAGUUCUGGUCUUAGCAAUAAUGAUCUGAAGUGGUUUCACUUCUCUCCCUUUUACAGGUGGGAAAUUGAAGCAGGGGAGGUUAAGUAACUAACUGAAGAUCAUAUAGUUAUUAGGUGGUACAGUCACAGUUCAGGCCCAAUUAGUUUGGUUUCAAAUCCCUUGCUCUCAGCCACUAGGCAAUAUGCAAAAUACUAUAUAUGGAUAUAAUAAUAUUAAUUAAAAUACGUUACAUGCCAUAAGAGGAAUAUAGCUAAAUACUUUGGAAACUGAUAUUUCUAGUUGUUGUGAAACAACCUUAUAUUUAAAUUUAAAAAGUUAAAAAUGGGAAAGCAAAGCAUGUUGAUACUGGAAAUACUUUUACUCUGUGUGAUUUCUAUUUUAAGCUGUGUCCUUCUGUGGGCCACAGAUAGGUGGGUAAAUGUGAAUGCUCAUACAUAUUUCCUCAUUCAGCAACAUUCAUUCAUUGUAUCUACCAUUUGCCAGACACUGAGCUACAUGCUUCAGGGGCAGAGGUGUGAUCCUGCUCUAAGGAACUUACCUGGACAAAGGAAGUCUCUGACUGCUGUGAUUCUAGGGACCCUCACAAGAGGAAGAGAGCAUGUAGAAUGGAGCAUGAACUACACAAAGAGGUGGAAAAGUGGGGCAGCCAGGCAGCAAAGGUUGGAGGAGGUGUCUUUGAGAUGAAGAGUAGGAGUCAGCUAGUAGAGUGUUGUAGAAAGGCCAUUGCCCCAGAAGGCAAAUGCACUUUUAGGAAAUUGGAAGUAGUUUUUGGAGGGGGACGGGGGGUAUUGUAGAGAGACAGAGGAAGAAGAUAGGCUAGAGAAAAAUCUGAGUGUUCUUGUAAGUACAGUUGACCCUUGAACAACUUAGGUUUGCACACGGUCCACUUAUAUGCAGAUUUUUUUUGAUAAAUAUGGCAUAUAGUAUUGGAAAUGUAUUUUCCUGGUGAUUAUCUUAGCAUUUUUUUCUCCAGCUUACUUUAUUGUCAGGAAUAUAGUAUAUAAUACAUAUAGCAUAUAAAAUAUGUGUUAAUCAACUGUUUAUGUUAGCAGCAGUCUCAACAGUAGGCUUUUAAUAGUUAAGUUUUGGGGGAGUAAAAAAUUAUACACAAAUUUUCGACUGCAUGGGGAUUGGCACCCCUAACUCCUGCCUUGUUCAAGGGCCAGAAUGUCAGAAUGCCAUUUAACAGUUGUAAGUGGAGAUGAUGCUUUGAUCUAAUUUGUAUUUUAUAAAAGAUUAUCUGGCCACAGUGUAGGCUGUUGCAGAGGCAGUCAAGACCAAUGCGGGGAAGGUAGUUAUGGAAACUCAGAUGAGCAAUAUAUAAAAGUCUGAAUGGAAGAAAUGGAAGUGGAGAUGGAACAACAAUAACAACAACAAAAAAAAAAAACAGUAAGAGAGGGUAAGACAGUAUAUUGAGGGGCAGGGAAGAAGAGGGGUCCUGGGAAAUUAGGUGGAGAGAAACAUGCAGACAGGUAAUACAAUAAGAGAGGACAGGUAUGUCAAAUGAUGACUUUAUCAUGGACACUUUGGACUUUCAGGUUGAGGUAUGUCAUAGGAGUGAAGAGUAAGACUUAAAUAUACAUCUAUUAGCAGCAAAUUAGAAACUACUUGAAAUAAUGGACAUGGGCAGUAUACUCAGGGACUUUGUAGACAGGGCUGGGGGAGAGCCCAGGAAUGGGGGAGGUUAGAGGAGCCCUGAGUGGAAGAGGCAGCCCUGAAUGGAAGAGCCAUAGUGUUGAGCAGGCCCAGGGGAGAGAGGUUUCCUUGAUCACCAGGAGGAGAGGGUUAUGCCCCGGACAUUAAGCAAAAUUAAGAAUGAAAAGUGCAGUUUGAUUUAGCACCAGAGAUCUCCGAAUCCAGCCAGAGCAGCAUCAGAAAGAUAAGGGGUGGAGGUCUAAGACUCUGCUGCUCCCUAGACCAAGAUAGAAACAUGUAUCAAAACUGGGGAACAUAGGACCUUAAGGGACUAGAGACCACGUAGUCCAACACGUCUGUUUUACUUAUGAGGAAAAAUGAGGCCCAGAGAGGCUAGAUGACUUGUCCAAGGUGGCAGAGUCACCACUUAAGGUCCACUGUCAAGCCAUUCAGUCCAGGCAAAGGAUGUGGUCAAGAGCAUGGACUCAGGUGUGGGCCGGGUUCAGCCCCUUCCAGCUGUGUGAACGGGGCCAAGCUACCUAAACUCUGUGCCUCCCUUUUUUCACCUUUAACCUGGAGAUAAUAGUUCUUACCUCAAAGCUUUGCUGUGAGGAGUCAGUGAGUUAAUAAACGUAAAACCCCACAUAUGGGAAAAGUGAUGAGUUUGCUGCUGUUGUUAAAAUGUAUGCGUGUGUGUGUGUGUGUGUACACACAUACAUGUAACAGAUAUACAUACAAUACAUAUAUCCCUUAGGGAAGGAAAGGUGAAGAUGUACUGUCUGUAUAGAAGGAAAUUUUGAAUAUUUUAGGCAGAGAUUUGGGUGAUGGAUUGUCAGGUCUGGAUCAAGAAUUACUGGAAAGCUUGGAAAGUUUAUAUAGUAUGAUUGAAAACAGCAUACUUAGCAAGUCUUUGUUAGAAAUGCAGAGCCUUUUUUAUUCUUGAGAGUAAAAAAAAAACAAAAGCACUUUGAAGUUAGCCCUAUCAAAGACUUUCUUGGUUUUAGUCAGAUAACCAGAAUUUUAAUCUAUUAAUAAUGUAAAUCCCUUGAGUUUGGCUUCAGAAUGUCCCCAUACCUCCUGAAGACAGAACAAACUAGAGAGUAGGGGGAGAAGACAUGAGUUAUGACUUUCAUGCACUUGGUUCCUAUGAAUAAAUGGUGAUUUGGGUUAGAGAGAGAGUGCUCAGUGUUUCUAGUUGAGCAAAUCUAAUUUUUAGCCACUAAAACACAUGAGUAGCCUAAACCGUAUUACCUGGAGGGACUUGGGUGACAUGCAGUACAGACAGCCUAGGAAUAAGUGGCACUCUGGACUUGAUUAGGACACAGUAAUCCUAGAAGGAUAUAAAUUGAACUGGAUUUAUCGUCUAAUAAAAACGUGGGAAGGAAAGAUAAUGCUUACUGACUCAUGAAACUUUAACAACGUUUGUAAGGCUCUGAGUUGUUGUAAUGUUUGGAUGAGAGCAUUUCCCCAUUCAUCUCCGUGCUUCCAGGGUGACCCACGUGAGGCCUCGCUCUGGAUCGGAAGCCGACUUGGGUCCUUCCUGGGUAUUUUUAGGAAGCAGAGGUCAUCAUAUAUUCAGCCCUUGUAGACCCCAUGACCUCAACAGCACCCUGUUGGUUUGGGCAAAUGUGUAUCGAAUGUCUAUUAACUAUAAAUUUGGGGGAGAAAAAAAAUACAGCAUGAGAAAGUUUUAGCCCAUUGUUUAUUUCAAUUCAUAAGGCUUUUUCUGAGGACUGCUUACUUCUGGCCUUGUGAUAAUGUAAAAAACCAUGUAGCACACCAUAGCUACUCACCCCUCCUUAAAUACACCAUAAAAAUAAUAAUACCUACCGCUUUUAUUGCACCCCAGAGGCCUUGUUAAGUGCUUUACAUACAGUAAUUUACUUAAUUAUAACAACUCCAUGAGGCGGGUGUUAUUAUCCCCAUUGAUCAAAUGGGAAGACUGAGGCUCAGAAAGGUAAAGUAACUUGCCCAUUGUCACACACCUAAUUACUAAAGAAGCCAAGUCUGUCUGGCUCCUAGGCUCAUGCCUGCUUUUGCUCCAAAGCUGUGGUUCCUCUUUCCCUGCCUACUUUCAAAUGACCUUGCCUUCGCUUUGCGGUUGUUUCUGUGCUAAGUGUUAGAGGAUAUAAAGACACCUUUUCCCCCCAGUGGAAACCUCACUACUUCAUUACUCCUCUCAAGACUCAGCUUCUGGGAAGCCCCCUCUUUGGUCCUUUCUGUGGGCCCCCAUGGCACUUGAUUUCUACCUCAUCAUCACCAUCAUCAUAGUUGGACUUGUAAAGCAAGAUGGAAUCAGCUGGGUGGAAGAAUGGGUGGAUACUGGUCUUUUUCAUUGACUUAUGAGCUCUUUGGAAGUCAGGGACAAUAUCAUAUUCAUGGUCAAUUGGCCAACACAACACCCAGCACUAUUCCAUGGUAUACUAUCAUUAUUCCUACUUAACAGAUGGGAAAACUGAGGUUUAGAGGUUAAGUGAUUUAGUCAGGCUCACACAGCUAGUAAGCAUUAGAGCUGGAAUCUGAACCUGGACAGUCUGGUUCCAGAAAUCUAUGCUCCUAACACUAAUUUUGUUCCAUCUUUCAAAUGAGAUUGUAAGCCAUGAGUAUGGAGACAGUGGAUAUCAUCUCCUAGCCCAGUACCUCACAGUCCAUGCUCUGUAAACAGCAGCUCUCUUGUUCUUCCAUCCACCCUGGCAGAACAACAAACAAUAUAUUGAACUAGGUCUUAGCUCAUAAUAAUAAGGAGAGAGUUUUAGGGUCAUGGCUACAUGAAUAUUCUCUGAGGAUCUUACAGAGUGCAUAUCUCCUGGCCAUCUUCUGAGUCAGUAGGUUUGGAGCUGUCAGGGUUGAGCACCGAACUGCCUUCUGGAUAUGAGAAUGGCAGUAGGGAUGGAACCAUCAAGGAGGCAGCUUCUGAAAGACAAGGAAUGAAGCAAGCAUAGUGAGUCUCAUCCACAUUGAUGGGAGCAGGCCGUGAAGUGGUAGAAAAUCGUCAGCUCGAGUCAGCAGCCGCCCAGGGGAGGCUGGGGAUCAGAAAUCAAUCACAGAAAGACCACUUACUUUGUAUUUUUAAGAUUUCUAAGUACCUGCUUCUUUUGAAUGUGCUGGUGGGAUUUUAUCUGAUGAAUUUAAACACGUUCAUUUUUCUCAGAGCUUCCGUCUUUGAGGUUCCCAAAAAUAGUAGGCUUUUCAUGGAGUUGUAUAAGGAUUCCAUCUGCUUUAUACUGAAAAGUAGGGCUUUAAUGGAAAAUUAAAAAUGAGCCAGAUCGCCUUUCCCACAACAAAGCCCAGGGCACUUUUCCCAAUCCUUUCUUCUUUUAAUCCCCAGCAAAAGUUACUGAAUCUGUAUUUCUGUGGGAUCACCCCCACCCUCCAAAUUAAAUUCUACCCAAAAGCCAAAUAAACACUAACAAGUUUCUUCAUUUCCAUAUGUUGUCAUAUCUAUUUAAAAGCAAUAACGGUUUCAAAUAUUGUCACUUAUAAAAUUUGAUUUUCAUUUCAGUUUUCAUUUUAUUCCAGAAUUGUGUGAUCUGUGGCCUAUAACUAGGCACAUGCACACAAGGAUACCUGAAAAGUGCUGAUUUCUGUUCAUGGUUUCUCUUAUUUGCUCUCAAAGUUUGGAGGCUUUCGCUUUUCAUUGUAGAGUUUACUGUCUAACCUACAAAUAUAGAGCACCUCAUUGUUUCAGUUGUAGGAGCUGAGUUAUCAACGAAUGCUAACAUUCUGUCAUUCUCUAUCUUUUAUCAUCUCCUUUUACUUGAAAAUGCCAAUUCUGUGGCUGUCCUUUAUAUAUACUGUUGCCCAGUCUAUAUUCUCUUGAUAUGUUAUGUCCUUCAGGCUCUCCUGUGGUUUGCAAAUAAUGAUUGCAGUUGCUUCACUCCUAUACCUUCUAAAUUGAGUGAGGGGAGGUUGAUCCAUGUGAAAUGGAUGUACCAGCUGAUGUAGAUACUGGUUCUCUUGCCUUGUCCCUUUAUGAACAACCCAGUGAAUAGGAGAAAAGACCCAAAUUCCUUAGGCUGGCAUUCAACGCCUUCCAUGUCCACAUUCUUAGUCAUACUUGGCUCACCUCAUUUACCACUACACUAACACUUGAUUAGCCAGAUGUCAGUCUAGUAUCUCAUUAAUAUGAAAAAUGGGUUUUGGCCUUUAUUUUCCCUUCUUGAAAUCCCCUAACCCUUCUUUUCCCUCAGAAUUCUACCCAUUUUUCAAUCCCAGCUUUAGAAGUUUCCCCUAAUGUCCUCAUCCUCUUACAUUGAAUACUUAUGACCAGUUGUCUCCUAAUAAUGAUGCCUUAUGUUGUUAGUUAAAUUCUCAUAGGAGAGAUCUAAGGUUCAGAGAGAUUUUGUGACUUGCCCAAGGUCAUAUAUCCAGUUACUAAUUUAGUUUGGACUAUAAUCUAGGUCUCCAAGGAAUCUGUGUGGGUCCUGUAUUCUCAAGAAACUGUUGGCCCUUUGUGUGCAAAAAUGUUGUUUGCUGGCCCCCCUAUAGCAGGUAGCACGAUGUCGUUCAUAGUGUAGAUAUUCAGUGGAUGUUUAUUUGGAGCAGGGCCCCGGAGUAUGUAGCUGGUCUCCUGGGCAUCUGUGGGGCUUGGAUGUUGAGCCUGUGUAGUUUUUGUAGUUUCUGAUGGCACCAGGUUGACUCUCUACCAGCCUGCAUGGUUUAGGGUCAAUGAUUGUCCCAGACUGGUUCAGGAACCACUGUUGUAUUUCGAGGAUGGUGUGUGUUUAAAGAUCUUUCCCUCGUAAUCUUGAGCUUUUGGUUAAACAUUUAGAGUGGUCAGGGAAAUAGUUACUUCUUUGUCCUCUGCCAUCAGGUUUUCACCAAUAAGAUUUUCACUAAAAACCAUAGGAAAUUACCAGUGGUGCAGUGACAUCCAAGACCAGGAGAAAUGCAGAAUGUUUCAACACUGGGAGGAAAUUGGAAGAAAACAGUAGUGGAUGGUGGAAGAGUGCAGAGUGGCCACCAGGGUUGACCUGGAAGUCUGAGAGGACUGUGGAAGCUGGUGCCCAUCCAUAUCUGCACCUCUCCAAGUAGCAUUUACCUGAGUCCCUCAGCCAUGUGACACCCAGCCGUGACUGUGGAAGUGCCAUCCUCUCCCUGUGUUAAUUUGGUUCACUUGGUAGUAUCAGCAUCUGAAGAAUCUCCCUGGCAGGGGAGGAAGGUUCUUUUCUAGACUUAAGGUCCUACAAAGUCAUGACUUAACACUGUACCCCAACCAGAGCCUCUGUAUCUCCAUCAAAAGAAUGACUGAAAAUAAACCUUAUGAAAUGUUUUCCAUGGUUAGGGGUCAUUACUCGAGUCAUUUCUGUAACAAGAUGACAACAGCAUAACAGUCAGUGUUUGUCAGCCACUCAUUAAGAGUCUUCUCAGCUACCUGUGGAAAGUUCUCUGUGAUUCCUCAUGAAUGUGUCGCCCUGCCUAGCCUUCACCUGGAUGCCAGCUUUCAUGUAUCUAAGGGAGGGAGAAUAAAUAACAUUUUGUAUGGAUAUAGUCCAACUGCUGCAGCCAGAAAGAGGGGAGGUACCUGGUGCUUCACUGUUGUUUGAAAUGCCAUUAUGGUCUUUGGAAAGCGGUAGUGAACUUUUUUCCCUUCCUUAACCAUACAUGGUCCAUGAUUUGAGCACCUCCUCACCCCCAACCCCCCUCCCAUUACCACAGCCACCUCCUUAAAUGCAGGAGAUCACAUGCCAGUGUCCUAAUACGCUCUCUCCUUGGCUGGCAUGUAAUGUCACCACCUCAUGCAUUUAUCCAGUUUGUUCAUGUUCAGUCAUUUUGGUAUAUCUCCCUGUCAGAAUUGUCCGUUUUCAGUAGCAUGCUUCUAGAAGGCUGAAAGCACACCUCAUUUCAUUUGCGUUGUGCUAUGUAACACUACACUGAGCUGUGCAUUUAUUAAAUGCUUGUUGAUUAUGAUUCUGAGCUUCCAAGCUGGGAGGUCUUACAAGUGUUUUCAGUACUUCUGGAAUGAGAUGCAUCUUGAAUAUAUUUUCUUCUUGUAGGUAGUACAUUAGGUCCUUUGCAUUGGUAGGUCCUCAAAAUCAUGGUUCAGAACCCAGAGUUUGGUUGCACAGUGUUUUAGGUUCCCCCUUAUGUUCAACUUCCUUGGGUGAAAAUGCCAGUGAUGCCAACUUCUAAUCCUGUUUUCAAAUUAGGGGCAAGGCAUAGGUAGAUAAUGUGCCAUAUCACAUCCUUCUUUUCAUAUAGGUGUGGUUGUCCAUAUAAUUCCCACCAUCUUGUAGUCAUUAUUCAACAGAUUGUUGAUUUCAGACUGUUAAGAGUUGCAGGUAGUUCUCCAAGAGACUGAGAUUUGCUCAGUGAAGGCCCGUGAGGUGUGGCUGGCAAGGACCUAUGAGGACUCCAGAAUAAUGAGCUGAGCCAGAUGCCUCUGUGAGUGCCAGUAGCUCCAGGGAAGUUCUGGUUAGUUUAUGCCUGAAUGUGAUAUAAGGAGGACUGGCACUUGGAAAACUGCAGAUGUUCUCUGUACCUUGGCCCAAGUAUGCCAAAUGAGGAAGGGUGCAGUGUGUGAAGGUUUAAGAGUCCCCAAUCUAGAGUUCCCAAGGCAAACUCUGCUUCCCAGAUCUCCUGUCCCAAGCUGUGACAGAGGUCCUGUGUGUAGGGGUUGAAGUACUCUGGCCUCCAUCCCCACAACAAUGCUCUCAUGCACUUGAGAUCCAGAACUACCAGUGUGGGAAGAGCCCUGCUCUAUGCUGCCCACCAGGACACUCAGCUGGGCUUUAAGAACCUUCUAGAUGAGCUAGAACAUGCAGAAAUGAUCCACUAGUGAGGGUGAUAUUGGUGAGAUUGGAGGGAGGUGGGGAUAACGGAUGGAAGAGGAUCAACAGAGUUGGCAGGGGCAAGAUCAUGAUGGGUAUAGGAGGAGCCCUUGUAUUAGUCUUUUGUGGCUGCAACAAAUUACCCCAAACUAGGUAGCCUAAAACAACAGAAGAAUUUCUCUCACCGUUCUGGAAUCCAAAAGUCUUGAAAUUAAGGUGUCACAUCCCAGUGACACCUUGUUCUGGAGACUCUGUUCCAUGCUUCUUUCCUAACUUUUGGUGGCUGCUGGCAGGCCUGGGCGUUCCUUGGCUUUUAGACCCAUCACUAUAGUUUCUGCCACCAAUUCACAUGAGAUUUUCCUUUGAGCAUCUUUACAUGGCUUUCUCCUCUCUCAUAAGGACGCUUGUCACUGGAUUUAGGGCCUACCCUAAUUCAAGAUGAUCUCAUCUCAAGAUCCUUAACUUCCUCUUUUUUAUUUUAUUUUUUUUAAUGUUUGCUUGUUUAGAGAGAAAACGUGAGCAGGGGAAGGGCAGAGAGGGAAGCAGAAUCCCAAGCAGGAUACACGCUGUCAGCACAAAGCCCAACAUGGGGUUCAAUCUCACCAACCAUGAUAUCAUGACCUGUGCCAAAAUCAAGAGUCGGUCACUUAACCAACUGAGCCACCCCAUCAAGAUCCCCCCCAUCAAGAUCUGAGGCAUCCCAUCAAGAUUCUUAAUUUAUUAAUUAUAUCUGCAGAGACCCUUUUCCCCAUGAGGGGAUUUCGGAUGGGCAUAUUUUAUAAUGGGAAGGGGGCUGCCAUUCAACUCACUAUAGCUCUCAAUGGGAUAAAAAUUAGCAGUAACUUGAAGUGAGAAAGAACACAUGAGAAGGGUAUUUGCAAGUCUGAAUUCCCACGAAGGGGCAGGCACAGUAUUUUACACGUGUGAUUUCUAACUAUCACUGAGGCAGAUGAAGAUACUGACAUUUAAAAAAAAUUUUUUUUAAUGUUUAUUUAUUUUUAAGAGAAAGCACGUGUGCAAGUAUGGGAGGGGCAGGAGAGAGAGACAGAGAGAGAGAGGGAGGGAGACACAGAAUCCGAAACAGGCUCUAGGCUUUGAGCUGUCAGCACAGAGCCCAAUGCAGGGCUCAAACUCACAAACUGUGAGAUCAUGACCUGAGCCCAAGUUGGACGCUAAAGCAACUGAGUCACCCAGGCGCUCCUGACAUUUUUAUGUGAAAAGAAAGAAGUUCAAAGGGUGGAUGUCCUGAAGCUUUUCAGUAAAAUUGGAGGCUGAGCCAUUAUCCAAGGUUGGAAGGUUCAAAGAUAGGAGGACAGCUCGGAGAAUCUAGAAGAAGUCCAAACAGCCACAAAAAUAUAGAGUAAUAUUUUAAUAGAUGGAUAGAAAUUAUUACAGAGAGGAGUGACUGGCUGGCUCAGUCAGUGGAACAUGUGACUCCUGUUCUCAGGGUUGUGGGUUUGAGCCCCACAUUGGGUGUAGAGAUUACUUAAAAAUAAAAUCUUUAAAAAAAAAAAUGUAUUACAGAGAAAUAGUGAGGCCCCAUUGGAAUUUGUAGGUACUUUUUAAUGGCUCGCUUUAGCCCAGUUUUGUGAUUUGGCCUUGUAGUAGUACUUGUUACUUUGGAAUGGAAAAUCUGACCGUUUGGUGACCUAGAGUUGAGAAUUGAUUUGAACCAUCAAGUGAGGAGGAUAUUCUUAGAGACUAAGGAAAAUAUCGGUUGAAUCAGCUGCAAGUAGGAUUUAGGCUGGGUAGGGGAGCAAGCUGGAACUGGGAUGGUAGAUGCAGUAAAGAAGGAUCUGUAGUCUUACAGAUAUGCGUGAACACAGCAGGUAUGGAAGAGGGGAAACAAAGGCAGGAAGCCCUCAGAAGAGGAAACCUAGGGGAGUGUAGAGUUCUAAAAUGAUGCUGAAUAAGGGUGGCUCCUUGUUGAAUGUAUAGCUGCUCAACUGUAGAUUAAUGAUUAAGGACAUUAGGUAUAAAUACUUCAAGAAACUGAAAUCCAUAGGCCUCUUUUGCUCUUGGUUCAAAUAUGUGUACAGUUGACCCUUGAACAGCACAGAAGUUAGGGGUGCUGACUCCUUGGGCAGUCGAAAAUCCAUGUAUAACUUUUGAAUUACCAAAAACUUGAAUGUUAAUUGCCAUCUGUUGACUGGAAGCCUUAUUGAUCAUCAAAAGCCGAUUAACAUAUUUUGUAUGUUAUAUGUAUUAUAUACCAUACUCUUACAGUAAAGUAAGAAAAUAUUAAAACCAACCAUAAGAAAAAAUACAUUUACAGUACUGUACAGUAUCCAGAAAAAUCCAGGUGUAAGUAGACCUGUGCAGUUCAAACCUAUGUUGUUCAAGAGUUGACUGUAAACGAUGUCUUCUAGAAGAAUGACAUGUCAGUAUGUUGCACUUUUAAAAAAAUCCUGGAUAAUGGAGUGCCUGGUUGGCUCAGUCAGCAGAGCAUGCUACUCUUGACCUCAGGGUCAUCAGUUUAAGCCGCAUGUUGGGUGUAGACUUUACUUCAAAAAAAAUUUUUUUAAUUAAAAUUUAAAAAUCCUGGGUGAAUGUUCUGGGAUCUCUGAAACCUUACAUUAUGACCUAGUUUAGUGGGGGAUAAUCUUAAACUAGUAUUCAAUUUACUUUACUUUCCUUCUAAUUCUUGUUUCCCUGGGAAUCUCCCCCAUUGAGGCAAAGGAUUCCAUUACUUCAGGGGGAGAACAGAAUAUGGUCUAGGACAAAGAAGACGUUGUUCAGCUUUUGACUUUCAAAACAAGCCCUUGAAGCAUGUUUCAGAGACCAGAAUUAGCCCAGGCCUUCACUCAAAAGAGGCAGGCUUUGUUAGAAGAAAAAUGAUUGUGGAUUCCAAGGAGGCAGAUCUCAGAAGGCCUGGUAUAUAUUGUGUAGUAAGCCAUGCAGGAAGGAGGAAAUACCUUCCUGGG